ACAGUAUUGACAAAGUAUUGUCUAUUUGUAUAACAGUUGCGUUCAUAACUGUCAUAUUAUUAUUGAAGUAUAAUUAUUGUUAGUGUAUAAUAAGUAUUGUCUUGUGUUGUGUGGACUCUUCAUCGAUGGAGAAAGAGCUGAAAGAGAUCUGCGGUGAGGCUCUUAAUAGUGACAAAGUUUGUGGCUUUCUUUGCGUCGAUAACAAUGGCUUAUGUCUGACAGCAUGUGGUGAUGCGAGUGAGAAGAGUAGCGGAACUGUUGCCACGAUUGCAUCGUUGGCUCAGAAGUUGGAUUCAAGUAAUCCUAUUGUAAGCAUUGAAUCGGACAAAAGAAAAAUCCUCAUUAAGACGACUAAUGAGAUCACGACCGCUAUCUAUAAGAACUGUUAACAAACCAUAUGUAAAAUAAUGAUUAUUUUGUAUUGUGUUUAUUAAAGUAAUAAUAAUUGAUCCAAACAUGCAAUAAAAAGCAUUUAAAAAAUUAUAA